GGCCCUCCCAGGCUGACCCUGAGGCGGCAGGUGGUGUUUUGCAGAGCAGCCACAGCACAGAAUGAGGGGAGAGAACGUGACUAUCAUCAGUGAGUUCAUCCUUGUGGGCUUCCCCACAGCCCCAUGGCUGCAGGCCCUGCUCUUCGUCCUCUUCCUCCUAGCUUAUCUCUUUGUCCUGGCGGAGAACAGCAGCAUCAUCCUGGUGGUGUGGGCCAGCCGGGCCCUCCACAAGCCCAUGUACUACUUUUUGGCGAGCCUGUCCUUCCUGGAGGUCUGGUACGUGUCGGACAUCCUUCCCAAGAUGCUGGACGGCCUCCUCCUUGGACGGAAGAGGAUCUCCUUUGCAGGCUGCAUGACCCAGCUUUACUUCUUCAGCUCUCUGGUCUGCACUGAGUGUGUCCUCCUGGCCUCCAUGGCCUAUGACCGCUACGUGGCCAUCAGCCAGCCCUUGCGCUACUCCAUCCUCAUGACCACGGGCCUCUGUGUGCGGCUGGUGGCCUUCUCCUAUGCCAGCGGCUUCACCGUCUCCAUGAUCAAAGUCUACUUCAUCUCUAGUGCCACGUUCUGUGGCUCGAACGUCAUGAACCACUUUUUCUGUGACAUCUCCCCCAUCCUCAAGCUGGCCUGCACGGACUUCUCCAGGGCUGAGCUGGUGGACUUCAUUUUGGCUUUCAUCAUCCUGGUGUUCCCGCUCAUUUCCACGGUGCUCUCCUAUGGACACAUCUGCUCUGCUGUCCUGCGGAUCCCGUCCUCCACAGGUCGCUGGAAAGCCUUCUCCACCUGUGCCUCCCACCUCACGGUGGUGGUCAUCUUCUACACGGCCAUGAUCUUCAUGUAUGUCCGUCCCCAGGCCAUCGACUCCCGGAGCUCCAACAAGCUGAUUUCGGCCGUCUACACGGUCCUCACUCCAAUUGUGAACCCUCUCAUUUACUGCCUGAGAAACAAAGAGUUUAAAGGCAGCCUGAGGAGGAGCCUGGGCCUGGGUCAGGCUCCAGGGGAAGAGCCCACUGUCCUCUCUUAGCAAUAUUUACAGCAGGGGACCUGGGAUGCUUGGCCACACUAGCGAACUUGCAAGGGCCUGGUGGCACUGGACAGAAGUGAGACAGGCCCAGGGACGGAUUCAGGUUCAGGUUUUUGGUCCACCCUCUCCUCCACCAUAGGUGGUCAUUGUCAGCUUUGCUUUCCUUCUCUCUUGUCAUACUUCUGGGGGGCAAUCCCAGAGCAUGGGGCUUGGGCCAUCUAGCCAGCAAACCCCUGAACAAAGCUUUCGUUCUAGAUACACCCAAGCAUGUAGGCACCUGGACGAGUCACUUCACCUUCUUGGCCUUGGUCUCAUCUGCCAAAUGAGCUGGAGGAGGAAAUGGCCAAGCCUUGCAAUAUCUUUGCUGAGAAAACCCUGGAGGGAGUCAGGAAGAGGCAGCCAGGGUUGGGAUUUAAAGGUGAGUGGGUGGGUAACCCACCCUGAUUGCUUGAGCUUAGCAGUAUAAAAAUAAAAAUGAUAAUGACCAGCUACAUAAAAUUAUAUUGUAAAACUAUACCAAAACUUUUCAAAACUGUUUAGAUACUUCUUUUUUUUUAAACCCUUACCUUCCAUCUUGGAGUCAAUCCUGUGUAUUGGCUCCAAGGCAGAAGAGUGGUAAGGGCUAGGCAAUGGGGGUCAAGUGACUUGCCCAGGGUCACACAGCUGGGAAGUGUCUGAGGCCAAGGAUCUUAUUAUUUUAAUGUGUACAAUUAUUAUUAUUUUCCCAAGGUGAAUUAUCUAUUUAUUUCUAUGGAUACUCAUCUCCUGGUUAUGAUGUUGCAGAGUAUGUGAGAAAUGUGUCCUAUAUGUGUGUUAUUUUGUAGUGAACUUACUAAAUUUCUAAAGUCAUCUCUUCUGCUACUGUCUUCUGCCUUCGUGUUGUUACUAUGUAGUGUUUGCAACUUUAGUGAAAGUGUGUAAUGUUAGAAUGGCACAAAAAGAAUCUUGCAGUUCACGUCCAUAAUCAGUCUGUGUUUCUCUUCUCUGUCGAUUUGUUUUUCAAUGUCUUUGUUACAGUUCAGUUGUCCUUUUUGCUGUCAUCUAUUUUUCUUCGAUGUUGUCUUCUCCUUUGUCUUGAUCUUGAUCGCUGUCUCCAUUUCAUUCUUCUUCUUCUUGAAUAAUUUCUUCUGAUAUCUUUUUGACUGCAGCCAUGUUGUCGGAAGUAAUCUCUUCUUCUGCCGCUGUUGCUUUUUUCACAUGAGAGCAAUGCAUCCAUGAUUCUUUCUACAAUAAACUUAAAGUUUUUUAUGUAAACGGAAUCCCCAGGUUUUAUUCUAUGGAGUGCGUAAUCUAAUAGAUGCCUGUCAUACCCACAACUUCCACUAAACCUACUACUUUGCACUCUUCAAGGGAUUUCUGCAACACAGAUUUGGUAGCACCUGUGUCUAAGAGACAAUCAUAAACUUGUGUUCCUAUUUUUAGGGUUACAUGGGGUUUUGUGCUAUUUUCUGGAGAUCCGGCGGGUAUCACAGGAGCUAACACACUGGGAUCAGGAAAACUCAACACUUGUUCCUGUUCCUCAUUCUCUAAUUCUUCAUUGAUUUCUGCACUAAUUUGCCAUGUUUUUAAAAUCUCUGUCCUUUUCAUUUUCUCCAUAUACAUAACUGCUCAGACCUUGGCACACCUUUAAAAUGAAGUUGCACCUUUUUGCAUUUCGAGUUUUUGGGGAUUACCACCAGCCACUUGGGAAUAUUUUGGACAAGUCCCUGCUUUGAUAUAUUCUUGCAUGGUAUUCAGGUCUGUGGCUUGUUGUGAAGUAUGAUAGCAUCCAGUAUCAAAAUAAUUUGCUCUCCUAUAGUGGAAUGUAUUAAUAAAUGCAUUAUUAAACCUA